UCAUUAAAGUUGAGAAGCCAAAGACAUAACUGAUUUGCUGCAAGAUGGCAGGAGGAGCUAUUGUAUCAACUGGGCCGAUUAAGAACUACAAUGGAGGGAUGACAGCCUUUGUGUUUAUCACCUGUGUGGUGGCUGCCACCGGUGGUUUAAUUUUCGGAUAUGAUCUCGGGAUAUCAGGGGGAGUGACUUCUAUGAAUGAAUUUCUUAAAAAGUUCUUCCCCUCAGUGUACAAGAGGAUGAAUGAUGAUUCUAUUAAACAAAGCCAGUAUUGCAAAUUCGAUAGUCAGUUACUGACCAGCUUCACCUCUUGCCUCUAUCUCGCUGCGCUGGUAGCUUCUUUCUUCGCGUCGGCAGUAACUAGGAUCUUUGGCCGGAAGAUCUCAAUGUUGAUAGGAGGGACUGUGUUUCUUGUUGGCUCAAUCAUCAAUGGUAUCGCAUCUAAUGUUUUAAUGCUUAUCAUUGGUCGCUUACUACUUGGUGUGGGUGUCGGUUUCGCCAAUCAGUCUGUCCCUGUUUAUCUAUCUGAAAUGGCACCAGCAAAAGUGAGAGGGGCGCUCAACAUGGGCUUUCAGUUGGCCAUUACAAUUGGUAUUUUGGUUGCAAAUCUUGUUAACUAUGGCACAGCCCAGAUGAAGAAAAAUGGUUGGAGAUGGUCUUUGGCUAUCGCAGCGGUUCCCGCCGUGAUAAUGUCAGUCGGCUCAGUUCUAUUGCCUGACACCCCCAACUCUCUACUGGAAAGAGGCCAUAUGGAGAAGGCCAAAUCAAUGUUGGAGAAGAUCCGUGGCACUUCUGAAGUUGAUGAGGAAUUCCAAGACCUUAUGGAUGCAAGCCAGCAAUCGAAGAUGGUUGAACAUCCAUGGAGAAACAUAACCCAGCCAAGGUACAGGCCUCAGCUCGUCAUGGCCAUUCUCAUUCCCUUCUUUCAACAGUUAACAGGUAUCAAUGCCAUCAUGUUCUACGCACCAGUUCUCUUCAAGACAUUGGGAUUUGGUGACAAUGCCUCCCUCAUGUCUGCUGUAAUUACUGGCCUUGUUAAUGUUUUUGCAACCUUCGUUUCGAUCUUCACGGUCGAUAAGUAUGGCCGGAGGUUCUUGUUCCUCGAAGGUGGCAUUCAGAUGAUCGUCUGCCAGAUUCUUGUCGGAACACUCAUUGGAUUGAAGUUUGGGACCACUGGCGAAGGAUCCAUGUCUAAGGGAUAUUCUGAUCUGGUCCUGAUCUUGAUUUGCGUUUACGUGGCGGCCUUUGCUUGGUCUUGGGGUCCAUUGGGAUGGCUAGUUCCUAGUGAGAUCUUCCCACUGGAGAUCAGAUCAGCAGGUCAAGCCAUCAAUGUGUCUGUUAACAUGUUUUUCACCUUUAUUAUAGCUCAGAUUUUUCUCAACUUGCUUUGCCACAUGAAGUUUGGUCUCUUCUUAUUCUUUGCCGCAUGGGAGAUUGUGAUGACAAUCUUCAUCUACUUCUUUCUGCCUGAGACGAAGAAUGUACCAAUCGAAGAGAUGAACCGGGUGUGGAAGCAACACUGGUUCUGGGGUAAGUAUAUCCCAGACGAUGCUGUUGCUGGCGGCAUCCAACUCUCAGCUGGGAAGUCUGUCGCCUGAAUAAAUAGAGUA